UGCAAAUCCACAAACUGCGGAUUCCUAAAAACCACCAAAAAGCCGACAACGCACUUGUAACUCUUCUGGUUUUGCAAAGGUGAUCAGGAAAUCGUCUGAACGUUAGCCAACCAUAAAAAACAUUGAUAACCUAACCUAAACAUUAAAAUAAAACAAUUGAUAAAUAAAUGAUAACAGGUAUGUAUCUUUUACAUAACGAAAACAAAUCUGGGAACUUUAAAUAUUUUGACACGUAAUAACAAAACGCGAAUAACCUUCAGAUAUCAUUGAAAUGUCAAAAAGACAUUUGUUAUCAAAAACUACAAUACAGUUAGUUGGCCGCGGCUCGCGAAAUACCUGUGUAACUUCAAUUAAAAUCAUGGAACCCAAAGUUAAUUUAAAACAAGACCCAGCCUACGUAGAAAUUCAAAAAUUCUACGAUGCUAAUGCCGACAAAAUCAACAUUCAACAGCUGUUCAAAGAAGAUGCCGAUCGCUUUAAUAAAUUCAGUCUCCGUAUCCCCACUCCGAACGACGGAGAGAUCUUGCUGGACUACUCCAAGAACCGCAUCAAUGAGCAGGCAUGGAGUUUGCUGUUGAACCUGGCCAAGAGCAGGAAUGUGGAGAAAGCUCGAGAUGCUAUGUUCUCAGGUGAGAAGAUAAACUUUACGGAGGACCGCGCAGUCCUGCACAUUGCCCUCCGCAAUCGGCAGAACCGUCCCAUCCUAGUUGGCGGCAAGGAUGUCACGCCAGACGUCAACGCCGUCCUAGCCCAUAUGAAGGAGUUCUCCGGGCAGGUCAUCAGUGGACAGUGGAAAGGGUACACUGGCAAGCAGAUCACAGAUGUUAUCAACAUUGGUAUCGGUGGGUCUGACCUUGGCCCGCUGAUGGUCACUGAAGCUCUCAAACCUUACGCCAACCACCUCAAGGUCCACUUUGUCUCCAACAUCGACGGCACCCACUUGGCAGAGGUGCUGAAGCGGUUGAACCCUGAGACUGCAUUGUUCAUCAUCGCUUCCAAGACCUUCACUACCCAGGAAACCAUCACCAACGCCACGUCAGCAAAGACCUGGUUCCUCGAGGCUGCUAAGGAUCCAUCAGCCGUAGCGAAGCAUUUUGUAGCACUAUCGACGAACGCUGAAAAGGUGACUGCAUUCGGUAUAGACCCCAACAACAUGUUCGGUUUCUGGGACUGGGUCGGUGGCAGGUACUCUCUGUGGUCGGCUAUCGGUCUGUCUAUCUCCCUCUACAUCGGCUACGAUAACUUCGAGAAACUUCUAGAAGGAGCCAGCUUCAUGGACCAACACUUCACCACUGCGCCAUUGGAGAAAAAUGCGCCGGUGAUCUUAGCGUUGCUCGGCGUGUGGUACUCAAACUUCUACGGCGCGGAGACACACGCACUACUUCCAUACGACCAGUAUUUACACAGAUUCGCAGCAUACUUCCAGCAAGGUGACAUGGAAAGUAACGGGAAGUAUGUGACUCGUUCAGGGGCCCAGGUUGACUACAGCACGGGCCCCAUCGUAUGGGGGGAGCCUGGCACUAACGGACAACACGCAUUCUACCAACUCAUUCACCAAGGAACCAGAUUGAUCCCCUGCGACUUCAUUGCUCCGGCGCAGACCCACAACCCAAUCUCCAACGGCGUGCACCACAAGAUCUUACUCGCCAACUUCCUCGCUCAAACUGAGGCGCUCAUGAAGGGAAAGUCUGCUGAUGAGGCUAAAGCUGAGUUAGAGAAGUCAGGUAUGGCAGCCGACGCUGUCGCCAAGAUUCUCCCGCACAAAGUUUUCAAAGGCAACCGACCCACCAACUCUAUAGUCGUGAAGAAAGUCACGCCUUUCACCCUCGGCGCUCUAAUUGCGCUCUACGAGCACAAAAUCUUCACUCAAGGUGUCAUUUGGGACAUCAACUCCUUCGACCAAUGGGGAGUGGAACUCGGCAAGCAGUUAGCUAAGGCGAUCGAGCCAGAAUUACAGGAUAAUAAUCCCGUAUCCAGCCAUGACGCGUCCACUAACGGACUUAUUAACUUUUUAAAAGCUAACUUUUAAAUCACAUUGAAGCCGUUUUCUGAUCGUUCUUUAUUAUUUUGAAAAGUGGUUGAG